GCAGUAGUUUUACCGCAAUUGCAGCUCACUUCAAGUUACAGCUGCGACAAAAGACACAAAAAAGCAACAGGGAGAAAAAGCCAUCAAAACGCUUACCUGUGUCGGUGAGGCGCAGAAAAUCUUUAUUGUGUUAUUAUUACUGUUCUUGGAUAGUGACGCGGUUAAUUACAAAUAAACGCCUAUGCAUAUCUGCUACCGAUAACGUCUCAUCCAUUGAUUAGAAAACAGAAAAUUGUAAGAAAUGCCUGCGAUAAGCACUUGUAGUCGCUACACAACCCUACGGGCUUGCUGAUCACACCUGAUUGGGCGUCGCUGAGAUAACCCGUAUUCUUAAAAAAGACAUGUAAAAAUUUUCUAGCUAUUAAAGGAUUAGCUAAGUAUUUAUUAAUCAGCUAUAUAGAAGACCUGGAGGGUAGAUAUUGCCAAAAUGGAUUUGCUUCAGCGCUUACUCUACACCGCACUAAGUGUUGCCUCCAUUUUUUAUUUGAUCAUCAAAACGAGUCUAUCGCAUUGGAAGCGGCGUGGUAUAUUACAUGAAAAACCAAAAUUUUUGGUGGGUAAUUUAGGAGGCGUUGGAGGCAAGCGUCACAUUAGCUCAGUUCUAGAGCAACUCUACGAAAAGUACAAAGGUCAAGCGCCCUUCAUAGGCUGUUAUGCUUAUUUAAAACCCAUGGUUUUAGUAUUAGAUUUGGAGUUGGCAGCAAAUGUUCUUGUACAGCAUACUAAUUACUUCAAGGAACGUGGCGUGUUCGGUAAUGCACCGCAUGAUCCACUUUCUGCGAAUUUGCUGCAGCAAGACGGCGCGGACUGGGAACGUCUAAACAGUGUUGUUUGUCCAACUUUUGUAGAGAAAAAUAUUAUUCAGAUGCUACCCACUUUGGAGAAGGUUGCAGGCGCAAUGCAUCGCUCUGUGAAACAGUCGGAGCCGCAUAAUAUAAUACCCAUAAAUAAACUAGUGGAUUGCUAUAACAUUGAUGUCAUUUCGACAUUGGCUUUCGGUGUAAGCGGCGAAACAUUUCUAAACUCCGAUACGGAAUUCCGCCGCAUGGCACGUAGUUACCUGAAAGACUUCAAUAUAUUUCGUCUAUAUUUCCUUAUGUAUUUCCCGAACGUAGCGCGUUUAUUGCGCUACAAGAACUACGAGCAGGCUGCCACCGACUAUUUUCUCAAGCUAGUGCGUCAGAAGCUCUUUGAACUGGAGUGGAGCCGAAUAGACAACCGAAGCAGUUUUUUUCAAAUGUUUGCUGAGCUAAAACGAGAUCGCAACCCCAAAAGACGUUUGAGUGACGAAGAAAUUGCAGCGCAGGCUUUUUCCUUUAUCUUGAUGGGGCUGGAGGCCUGUAACUCGGCGAUGACAUUUUGUUUGUACGAACUAGCACUACAGCCAGAGUUACAGCGGCGGGUACGCGAAGAAAUAUGCGGUGUGCUCAAAGGAAAUGAGAAUGGUAUGGAUAAGACGAAACUGGAAGAAAUGAAUUUGCUAAAACAAUGUUUGUACGAAACUCUGCGGAAGCACACUCCCUACGCCUUUUUGCUACGAAAUACCAACAAAGAUUACGAAGUGCCGAACUCUAUUUUCAUGCUGCGAACAGAUAAUCAUCUAGUCAUCCCUAUAGCUGCAAUUCAUCGUGAUCCUGAGCUUUACCCCGAACCGAACAAAUUCGAUCCAGAACGCUUUAGUAAAGAAAAUGUACAGCGACGUCACCCAAUGGCUUUUCUACCAUUCGGAGUAGGCAGGCGAUAUUGUCUGGCGCAAAAAUUCGCCGAAAUGCAAAUGCUGGUUGGUCUCGCGACAUUGCUGCGCCAUUACAGUUUCAGUCCAUGUCGAGAAACGCCCAUUCCAUUGGUGUACGAUAACACACGCUUGGUACUUGCUCCAAAGGGAGAACUUAGGUUGGCAGUUCAACGUGUAUAAAUGUAUGCC